AUGCAUUAUACAACCCCCAAUUCCGAAUAUGCCUGGCCUUACUCUUGUCCCCGUUCAGCCCACACUUCUUCUGCACCCGCGCCCCGAUCAGAGGGUCAUGAUCAGCAGCAAGAACGUGAUCCCCACGCUCUCCCCACCUACACCAAUGAGACUUUCCACGACCCACAAGAGCCCGUGCUCUUCCUUCCACCUCUACUCUCCGCGCUUCCCGCAUCUCUCUCAUCUCGAGAAAAGCACCACGAUCGCUCCUCGAAGCUCGCCGCACUUCCAAAACUCCCGCCUCAUCCCGACCGGUUGGGCCCAACCGCGACGCGCCUUCCGGACAUUGACCCGGCGUCGCUUUCCCUCCACCGCGCGUUGCACUUUUUAAAGUCGCGCAAAGGAUUCGCGACGCUGUCGUACCCUGAGGUGUUCAACUGGGACGAGAUUAGCGCGGCAUACCACAGUGACCUUGACAAAAUCCCGGAUGGCGAACUAGAGCGAGAGUGGUACGUUGUUGCUUUCAGGAGCAAGAGGAAGCCAGGAAGCGAUAGUGCUGCUCUUUAUGAUGCUGACCGACUCGCCCAUGAGGAAGCUGUUCAAAAUGGCGGGCUCAUCAUGUACUGGUAUGGCGUUCCUGAAGCGUCAGGGGACAACCUUGCUACUUGCAUCUGGCAGUCUCGAGCACAUGCGAUAGCAGCCAACUCUGGGCCUCAUCACAUCAAAGCCAUGCGCCUCGCCGCAUCAUCCUUCGAAUACUACACCUUUGAGAGAUUCGUAUUGAGGAAAUGGAAGGGUGUUACUGACUUGGAGCUCACUCCGUACACGGAAGGGCCGGUUGGUUGGUAG